AUGACUGAAGAUAACCAGCUGUCAUCUGGUUCAGAAAAUAUUACUCAGUCUCAAUUAGCUGAGGAUGGAACUGCCGAGAUCGAUGAGCGUGGAAAUAAAUUAUUCAUAGAAAAAGAUGUCGACGUUGAACUAAAUGACGUCGAGGAGGCAGCGGAUAUAUCCCUAUGGGGAGCGAACAGUGACUCAGCAGUUGCCCUUGUUUCAGAUACUGAUGUUCAAGAAGUGGCAAAGCAGCUGCUAUCAUCUAAAGCACCAAAAAUUACCAUGGAAUAUCGAGGUAUCAUAUACAAUCUUUUUGGGAAUUACAAUAGGGAGAAGGAUAGCGAUAUUGAAAGUGAUCCCCCGAAUGAAUAUAUCCUCGAAAAUACGAUGGAUAUGCAUAAAGGGUUUAAUCAACUUAUUUCAUCCAUAAGAGAGUUUUUACAGGAAAGUUUUGGAACAUUGGAAUUUGCAACGAAGGAGAUACAAAUUAAUUUUCCUGAUUUAGAGCUGUGUGUAAGUGAAGACAAUGCUUAUACUAAAAACAUAACCAUGAAUGAUAUUGUUUCAAUAUUUAAGAUUCUGCGGGAAAAUUCAUUCAAGAGGGGGGAAUCGGAAGUUCCUUCCCACAUUCAUACUAUUAUUUCACUAAGCCCCAGAUUCGUAUCCAAAUACAACGAUUUAGUGGAACUAGUGGAUAAUAACGCUAGUUUCGCCCAUGUUAAGGGGUUCUCAAAUGACCAACAACACCCAUUGGUUUUAGAUGGUAAUGAAAAUGAACCUGCAAAGUGCCCAGAAGUAGUCCUAAUGUCAUCUUCUGGUGGAGAUGAAUCAGAAGAGUUACUAGAAAUAGAGGAUGAGCCUGUGGCAGAUCGAAAGGAUUAA